CAAAUGAAGAUGUUUUACUCAGGCCGUUUAACUCUGAAAAUGUUUCACAAUUCCGGUUUACUUAAGGGGUGGUUCUCAAUGCGACAGCAGCUUGGUCUUGUCGGCUUAGUUCAUUAACCGUAUAAACAAAACACUUGGAGUGGGAUAUCUCGCUUCCUCUUCCAUCUCUGAUUCUGAGUCGUUUCCGCCACCAUUGCAGGUUUGGACUGAGAUCAGUGCUAAAGCCACUGCCAUCCAUUCAGGCAGUGGAGAAAACGCACAAACAUCCGGCGGCUGCACUUGACAUACGAUUUUGGAAUCACGACUAAGAAAAUAUACAAAAUAACACAUUGAUUGGACGUAAAUAUUCACUGUCUGACUACGAUUUACGAAUCGUGAGUGAGGAGGUCGUAGCUAGCACAGUGCUAACCUAGCCAGCUAUUGUAGCUGCUUAGCUAGAAUUUCAGGACACCGUAGAAGCAAAGGAAAACCCGCAAUGGCACAAAUACUACCUAUCCGCUUCCAGGAGCACCUGCAGCUCCAGAACCUGGGGAUCAACCCAGCUAACAUUGGAUUCAGCACCCUGACUAUGGAGUCUGAUAAGUUCAUCUGUAUAAGAGAGAAGGUGGGCGAGCAGGCACAGGUGGUCAUCAUUGAUAUGGCCGACCCCAACACUCCCAUCCGUAGACCCAUCUCUGCAGAUAGCGCCAUCAUGAACCCUGCUAGCAAAGUUAUUGCACUCAAAGCUGCAAAAACCCUCCAGAUUUUCAACAUUGAGAUGAAGAGCAAGAUGAAGGCUCACACCAUGACUGAUGAUGUCACUUUCUGGAAAUGGAUCUCCCUCAACACUGUAGCACUUGUCACAGACAAUGCCGUCUACCAUUGGAGCAUGGAGGGAGACUCCCAGCCAGUCAAAGUCUUUGACCGACACUCUAGCCUUGCAGGCUGUCAAAUCAUCAACUACCGCACCGACGCCAAACAGAAAUGGCUGCUUCUCAUUGGGAUUUCAGCACAGCAAAACCGUGUGGUGGGAGCCAUGCAGCUGUACUCUGUGGACAGGAAGGUGUCCCAGCCCAUUGAGGGCCACGCCGCAGGCUUUGCCCAGUUCAAAAUGGAGGGCAACACAGAGGAAUCCACACUGUUCUGCUUCGCUGUCCGAGGGCAAGCUGGAGGAAAGUUACACAUAAUUGAAGUGGGGACCCCACCAACAGGCAAUCAGCCAUUUCCAAAGAAGGCAGUGGACGUGUUCUUCCCUCCUGAGGCCCAGAAUGACUUCCCUGUAGCCAUGCAGAUCAGCUCUAAGCAGGAUGUUGUCUUUCUCAUCACCAAAUAUGGCUACAUCCACCUGUAUGACCUGGAGACUGGCACCUGUAUUUACAUGAACCGGAUCAGCGGGGAGACCAUCUUUGUUACAGCCCCACAUGAACCAACAGCUGGCAUCAUUGGAGUCAACAGGAAAGGACAGGUGUUGUCAGUGUGUGUGGAGGAGGAGAACAUCAUCCCCUACAUCACCAACGUGCUCCAGAACCCAGACCUGGCCCUGCGUAUGGCCGUGCGCAACAACCUGGCCGGGGCCGAGGAGCUGUUCGCCCGCAAGUUCAACACCCUGUUCGCUGCAGGGAACUAUUCUGAGGCUGCCAAGGUGGCCGCCAAUGCUCCCAAGGGUAUCCUGCGUACCCCAGACACCAUCCGUAAAUUCCAGAGUGUGCCAGCCCAGCCGGGCCAGACUUCUCCCCUGCUGCAGUACUUUGGCAUCCUGCUGGACCAGGGCCAGCUCAACAAGUUUGAGUCCCUGGAGCUGUGCAGGCCCGUCUUACAGCAGGGACGCAAGCAGCUGCUGGAGAAAUGGCUGAAAGAGGACAAGCUGGAGUGUUCAGAGGAGCUGGGGGACCUGGUGAAGUCAGUGGACCCCACUCUGGCCCUCAGUGUCUAUCUCAGGGCCAACGUGCCCAACAAGGUCAUCCAGUGCUUCGCUGAGACCGGACAGUUCCAGAAAAUUGUCCUCUACGCCAAAAAGGUGGGUUACACCCCAGACUGGAUGUUCCUGCUGAGGAACGUGAUGAGAAUCAGUCCAGAACAAGGCCUGCAGUUCUCCCAGAUGCUGGUGCAGGACGAGGAGCCGCUGGCUGACAUCACACAGAUCGUUGAUGUGUUUAUGGAGUAUAACCUGAUCCAGCAGUGUACCUCCUUCCUCCUGGACGCCCUGAAAAACAACAGGCCUGCUGAGGGGCCUCUGCAGACACGCCUGCUGGAGAUGAACCUGGUCCACGCCCCACAGGUGGCUGAUGCCAUCCUGGGCAACCAGAUGUUCACCCACUACGACCGUGCCCACGUUGCCCAGCUGUGUGAGAAGGCUGGCCUGCUGCAGAGGGCUCUGGAGCAUUACACCGACCUGUACGACAUCAAACGGGCUGUGGUGCAUACACACCUGCUCAACCCUGAGUGGCUGGUGAACUUUUUUGGCUCCCUAUCAGUGGAGGACUCUCUGGAGUGUCUUCGGGCCAUGCUGUCGGCCAACAUCCGUCAAAACCUGCAAAUAUGUGUCCAGGUGGCCUCUAAGUACCACGAGCAGCUCUCCACCAACUCCCUCACCGAGCUCUUUGAGUCCUUCAAGAGCUUUGAAGGUCUGUUCUACUUCCUGGGUUCCAUUGUUAACUUCAGCCAGGACCCAGAGGUCCACUUCAAGUACAUCCAGGCCGCCUGUAAGACGGGACAGAUCAAAGAGGUGGAGAGGAUCUGCAGAGAGAGCAACUGCUACGACCCCGAACGAGUCAAGAACUUCCUCAAGGAAGCUAAGCUGACUGAUCAGCUACCCCUGAUCAUUGUGUGUGACCGCUUCGACUUUGUCCACGACCUGGUCCUCUACUUGUACCGCAACACCCUGCAGAAAUACAUUGAGAUCUAUGUGCAGAAGGUGAACCCCAGCCGUCUGCCGGUGGUGAUUGGAGGGCUGCUGGAUGUGGACUGUGCUGAGGAUGUGAUUAAGAGUCUGAUCCUGGUGGUGAAAGGACAGUUCUCCACUGAUGAACUGGUGGCUGAAGUGGAGAAGAGGAACAGACUGAAGCUGCUCCUACCCUGGCUGGAGGCCCGUAUCCAUGAUGGCUGUGAGGAGCCAGCUACCCACAAUGCCUUGGCCAAGAUCUACAUCGACAGCAACAACAACCCAGAGCGCUUCCUGCGUGAGAACACCUUCUACGACAGCCGCGUAGUGGGCAAGUACUGUGAGAAGAGGGACCCCCACCUGGCCUGCGUGGCCUACGAGAGAGGACAGUGUGACCAGGAGCUCAUUAAUGUGUGCAAUGAGAACUCUCUGUUCAAGAGUCUGUCUCGCUACCUGGUUCGCCGUAAAGACCCUGAGCUGUGGGCCAGCGUGCUGCUGGAGAGUAACCCAUUCAGAAGACCCCUCAUCGACCAGGUUGUUCAGACUGCCCUGUCUGAGACCCAGGACCCAGAGGAGGUGUCAGUCACAGUCAAGGCCUUCAUGACUGCAGACCUCCCCAACGAACUCAUUGAGCUGCUGGAGAAGAUCGUUCUGGAUAACUCGGUCUUCAGUGAACACAGAAACCUUCAGAACCUGCUGAUUCUAACAGCCAUCAAGGCAGACCGUACCCGUGUGAUGGAGUACAUCAACCGCCUGGACAACUACGACGCCCCCGACAUCGCUAACAUCGCCAUCAGCAACGAGCUCUUUGAGGAGGCAUUCGCCAUCUUCAGGAAGUUUGACGUCAACACCUCUGCCGUGCAGGUUCUGAUUGAGCACAUUGGGAACUUGGACCGGGCCUAUGAGUUUGCUGAGCGCUGCAAUGAGCCUCCAGUGUGGAGCCAGCUAGCCAAGGCUCAGCUCCAGAAGGGUCUGGUGAAGGAGGCCAUCGACUCCUACAUCAAGGCUGACGACCCCUCUGCCUACAUGGAGGUGGGCCAGGCUGCAGCCCAGAGCGGUAACUGGGAGGACCUGGUGAAGUUCCUUCAGAUGGCCCGUAAGAAGUCACGUGAGUCCUACGUGGAGACAGAGCUCAUCUUCGCACUGGCCAAGACCAACCGCCUGGCUGAACUGGAGGAGUUCAUCAAUGGACCCAACAACGCCCACAUCCAACAGGUGGGUGACAGGUGUUAUGAUGAGAAGAUGUAUGAUGCGGCCAAGCUGCUCUACAACAAUGUGUCCAACUUCGGGCGGCUAGCGUCCACCCUGGUCCACCUGGGAGAGUACCAGGCCGCCGUGGACGGAGCCCGCAAGGCCAACAGCACCCGCACCUGGAAAGAGGUGUGCUUCGCCUGUGUGGAUGGGAAUGAGUUCCGCCUGGCCCAGAUGUGUGGCCUGCACAUUGUUGUCCAUGCUGAUGAACUGGAGGAGCUCAUCAAUUACUACCAGGACCGUGCUUACUUUGAGGAGCUUAUCACCAUGCUGGAGGCAGCCCUGGGCCUGGAGCGGGCUCACAUGGGCAUGUUCACCGAGCUGGCCAUCCUCUACUCCAAGUUCAAACCCCAGAAGAUGAGGGAGCACCUGGAGCUCUUCUGGUCCAGAGUCAACAUUCCAAAGGUCCUGAGGGCUGCAGAGCAGGCCCACCUGUGGGCGGAGCUGGUCUUCCUCUAUGACAAGUAUGAGGAGUUUGACAAUGCCAUCAUCACCAUGAUGAGCCACCCCUCCGAUGCCUGGAAGGAAGGACAGUUCAAAGACAUCGUCACCAAGGUGGCCAAUGUGGAGUUGUACUACAAGGCUAUCCAGUUCUACCUGGAGUUCAAACCAUUGUUACUGAACGACCUACUCAUAGUGUUAUCACCACGACUCGACCACACCCGCGCUGUCAACUUCUUCAUGAAGACCAAGCAGCUGUCACUGGUCAAGCCGUACUUGCGGUCAGUGCAGAACCACAACAACAAAGGUGUCAACGAAGCACUUAACAACCUCUUCAUCACGGAGGAAGACUAUGCGGCCCUGCGUGCCUCCAUCGAUGCCUACGACAAUUUUGACAACAUCACCCUGGCCCAAGGCCUGGAGAAGCACGAGUUGAUUGAGUUCAGGAGGAUCGCUGCCUACCUCUUCAAAGGCAACAACCGCUGGAAGCAGAGCGUGGAACUCUGCAAGAAGGACAAACUCUACAAGGACGCCAUGCAGUAUGCGUCUGAGUCAAAAGACGUGGAGCUGGCUGAGGAGUUGUUGGCCUGGUUCCUGGAGGAGGAUAAGAAGGAGUGCUUUGCCGCCUGCCUCUUCACCUGCUACGACCUGCUGAGGCCUGACGUAGUGCUGGAGACGGCCUGGAGGCACAACAUCAUGGACUUCUCCAUGCCCUACUUCAUCCAGGUCAUGAGGGAGUACCUCUCCAAGGUUGAUGCGAUUAAGGAAAAGGUCGACAAGCUUGACGCCUCCGAGUCCCUAAGGAAACAGGAGGAGCAGAACACCGAGUCCCAGCCCAUUGUUUAUGGCACGCCCCAGCUUAUGCUCACUUCAGGCCCUGGUCAGGCUGUGCCCCCCCAGCCUGGCUACGGAGGUUACGGCUACCAAGCCGCACCCGCCGGUUACGGCCAGCCUCCCCAGUCUGGCUUUGGCUACGGCAUGUGAAUGCCCACCACCCCGACCCCUAAGUCAUCUGUUUCUCUCCUUAUGUUCCUCACCAGCCUACCAUGUUCUUCUACUCACAGAAUAGACAAACAUCAAGCAAACCUGUGCUCAUUCAAUUUUUAUUCUGUUCACCCUUAACUGCAAUGAAUUACUUUUAUUUGUAUUGUUUUGAACAGAAAUUGGACCACUUUUUUUUCUUGGUUUUCCACAUUCCAUAUUUAUGACUACUGAACACUUCCUUUAAUGAUUUUUUUUAACGGGUUUAUGUUAUGUAUUUAAGUGGACCUUAGAAAGAAGCAGUUAGCCAUUUUGAAGUAGUUGGAACAUCUGAUUUGCACUGUCGUGAGAAGAAACUAAUAGAAACUCUUAAUUUUGAUGUACUGAACGUGUGAACAGUUUACAUUGUCUAUUGUCUGUAUGUAUAAUGCAUUUCAUUAUUGUAUAUUCUGAAAAAAGGUUACAUAAUAUUUGAACAUAUAUUGCCACUUCAAUGACUAUAGCUAGCAACACUAAGUAACAAUAGUAUAUUCUGCACAGGCGUGUAGCUUUAUGGAGUUUUAAAUGCAUAGACAUAUGUAUCUGAGUGUGUGUGAUCUAAUGAUCUAAAUAAGAAUUUGAAUCCCCCUUGGCCUAUACUGGCUCUCCAGUCAAGUAGAUGUUAGUCCUCCUUUGUUGACUCUGUGUGUUUUAAUCUAGGUGACCUGUUUUGCUGUGUACAGUGCUUGUGUGUGAGACUGUGUCUGUGUAUAUGCAGGGGCGAUCGAAGGCUGACUGCAGACCCGUACAUGUGUAUUUACUCACCACCCUCCUUGUGCUGAGGUCUGUGUAUGCCAGGUGUUGUGGUGUUCUAGGUGACCAUAUGUUUGUGUGUACAUAAGAAGGAUCAUUAAAAAAAGUGGCGAUCCUACUCGUCGUCCUCCACAGCGCUGUCCCGUUUGGUUCGGACAGUGCGAUUUGGCUCUGAGAACAAAUAGAGGAAUUGGAGGACAGGCUCCUUUUGGUGUCCUAAUGUCAACUUGUUUAGAUCAGUAACACUCCUGUAGGUUAUGUAUUUCAAUGGUUAUUAUGAAGAAUUAGAUCUCAGUACUACAGCAUACAGUGAUUUGUUGAGAAUGGUCGGAAAUAAAAGCCUGUAUUUACCUUGA